UGACUAGCAAGUAUGUUUUCGUCUGGGGUGAUCACGUACGCAUCUGCACGCACCUACCAUAAAUCAGUGUUUAUUUUUAGUAAAGACUUGGAAGAUUUUCGGAAAUAUUUGUAAAUAAACGCGAUUAUACCCAAAAAAUGUAGAAUAUUAUCUUUUGAUUGAAAUGUGAAAAAUCAUUUGAAGCAAUAUAUACAUAGAAGCUCUGAAUAUCGCUGUAUUAAACUACCUGUUUAUACGGUGUAAAACUCAGACGUAAAUAUAUUCGACAGAUCCACGAGCUUCGGUAAAAUUCGUUUACUUGGCUUUUAAGUGUGCGAAUCUGUCACAGUAUAUAAAUCAACUUAUAACACGAAUCACAUAAUAGAGAUAAAACAAACAUACAUGUAUAAAUACCGAAAGUAAAUAUAGCUUUUUAACGAGGUGUUUUCUUUAAUCAAAUAAAAACAAAAUAUUUCAGAUUUAAUAAUAGCGCGAAACUUACGACUAUUAAAACAAUCAACUUCCCAAGUAGAACUACUACAUAUUUUGUACUUUCUAUUGUUCUGUUUCAAUUAUUUAUAAAAACUUUGAUUACUUUUAAUUAUAAAAGCUAGAUGCUAUAAAGAACAAAGGUCUAGAAAUAUAUUUCAUACACUACGAGGAAUAUUAAGUAAAUUGUGUAUAUAUCGUGUAUACGAGCCCCGGUAUUGUGAAAUAGCGUGGUGGUUUUUUAAAGUUUCUUUUAGAAAACGUAUACUGAUUGUGUAAGAUGCAUAUUGCAUGCAAAUGUUUAAACGUGUCCAUAAAAUCCAGGGGCACUGAACUACAAAAGGUCAACAUUAAUGAUAUUGAAUUGACACCUGAAGAACAGAAUGAUGGCUUUUUUCAUCAGAAUCUUUCAACUAUAUCAGAGCUUGAAGGUAUUACCAAGGAACAGCCAGGUUUAGUGGAAAUAAGAAAUGUAGGAUCAUGGGUUAUUCACCGUUGUUAUAAUUGUUCUAUGUAUACACAUGCUGUUCAUAGAGACUAUGGUGCUGCCUUAGUUCUUAUUAAUACCGAUAUUGUUACUUCACCAGAAGAAAUCAAUAAAUUAAGGUCUAAUCCAGAUUAUAGUCCAGUGUUUAGAAUAAUAAUUGCUCACAAUACUUUGGAUGAACUUGACUAUCUGCAACAACCUACCAAAUUUUCUGUGUCACAGUUACCGAAUAAUAUACAAAUGGCUUUGGGUGGUCUUCAACAGCAACUUGAGGAAGCUGUUCAACAGCAAUCUGCUGAAAUAGAAAAUAAAAUUCGUGCUUUUACAACAGAACAAUAUCAAUUAUUAGAGCAGUUCCGUGAAAGAGCUCAUAACGAACAUAGAUUAUUAACAAGGUUAAUAUGUAAAGGAGAAGAAACAAAUAGAUUAACAAAUAAUAUAGAAACUCCUCCUACAACCCCAGAGAAUUUUACAACCAAUUUAACUACCUCUACAACAAAUACAGUAAAUACAUCACAAGUAAUAUCAAAUGAAACAAAAGUGAUUACUGGUCCUAAUAUUAAACAGAAAUCUGGUGCUAAAUAUUUUUUAAGUACACUUGUUAAUGGUAACAUAGAUAAAAAAGACAAAUUAUAUAUAUGUACUAAGGACCCAACCAGUUUUGACACAGAAGCUUUGUUUCCUUUGGAAGGAGUGGAAGACGCUAUUCCUAAUGAUCAAGUUCAAUCUUCAGAAGAAGGGUCUGAUACAGAUGAUUCAGGUCAAGAUGAAGGAAUUCACAUGCCAAGAGGACAAAGAGGUGGACAUCCUACAUUAGCUAAGUCAUUACCAGUUAGCGUUCCAUCUUUUCCUUCAUUUGUACGUAGAACAGUUCAGGAUCAAGAUGAUGACCAGCUGUCAAGAGAUCCACAUGAUCCACAUAAUAUUCGAGCUUCGAUUAAGGCUCUAGCUAAGAGUGUUCAUGGUGAUACAGUAUUUGGAGAUUUACCACGUCCUCGAUUCUCUACUCAAAUCUGACUUCAUGAGAAUUUCAAAGAAAGAGAAUAAGUUUAUGUUAAAAAAAAAUGAUUACACAUAUAAAGUACCUAUUAUCUAUAAUUGUCUUUCAGUUAAUGUUACAAGCGAUUAAUGUAAGCUAGUGGUUCUCAAACUUUUUUGUCUGGCGGCACACUGAAAUCAUUAAACAAAAUUCACGGUACUCCUAUUAUUAUUAUUAUUAUUAUUUUUUGCUUUUUACAGUUAGUAAAGAUACGAUUGCUUUUUACAUAUGAACAAUUUAAAAUUACGCUGCACCCUUGUGGCGUACUUGCGGUAUCCAGUUUAAGAACCACUGAUGUAACAAAUGCAGACUAAACAUAGAAACUACGAAAAUAUUGAUACUUCGCAUGCUUUGAAUAUAUUUUAGAUUAACAAACUAUUUCGAAUUGAAAUUUUGUUAGUUUGUUGAAUUAUAAACGAAAGAAAUUUUCAUACCUGCCUAUAUUUGAGGCUAUAUUGUAUACAUAAAUAUGCUACAUAUAUAUUUGUUACUAAUCGUGUAAUGUGUGUAGAAAAUACAAAAUUGUUUAUUAUUAAAAUAAGACUGCGGAAUAGGUGAUUGGGAAAUACGCAAUGAAAAUCUCAAAUGUUAAAACUACUAUUAACGUGACGCAUUUGCGUUCCUUGUGUCCAAGGCGAUCACUAUAUGUAUGUCAUCGCUACCUGAUCGGCAUUCGUUAUUCUUUCUGCAUGAAGCAGAAUCUUCUCUUCUCAGACACGCUCGAAAAUUGUAAUUUAAAAGACUUUAAAAAUCAACGCAACAUGAGAUUUAUGAUGCCAUAUCUGAAAUAAAAUCGCACUAGAAACAAGUUAAGGGGCAAGGAAAGUUUUUUUUAUGUAUCAAUUAGUAAUUAAGCUAUUAAAGUGAUAAUUGUUUUCUAAUAA